AUGCGACGCACCUCGGAUCUAUCGACACUUGAAGUUGAAGCUCGUAAGAGAUUCUUGGAAGUCGGUCAAGGAGGCGGUGCCGGUGUCAGCGAUGGACAGCUGCUCGAGGGCCUCAGAGUAAAAGACACAGAGUCCCAGCUCUCGGACUCCAAUACCAACUGUCGGGCCCGCGAAUUCACAGUCGAUCGAGACGAAUCAUGUUGGCGGCGCUCUGGAGGACUCGGGGAGCAGGCCAAAGCCCUUUUGAAGCAGAUGAAUUUUAGAGCGCAGUUUCCUGGAAGCGAGUGCGACCGUGGGCGCGGAGCUCAUCCGCCCCUGGUCGGCCUCCAUGGCAGUGGGUCACAAGGCCACAAGGCUGAAGCCGCAACUCAGCCCAACUUCUACUCUCUGCCCAGCUCAACACCCCAUCCCCAAGACAAAUACACAGCCGUCCCGCGGUACGAUACCAUGGCCGACGCCGACGAUGCCUCCUACAUCGACUACGAGGCCUUCCUCGACCCGGCCUUCUCGCCUGCGCUGUUCGCCAACAGCCUUGUCCUCACCACCAACAACCCCACUGAUACGCCCCUCGACCUCUCCACGCCGCUGUCCCGGGUGCUCUUUGACGCACAGGAAAUUAACACGCACAUUGACGCCCUCACCACGAAAAGCGCCCUUCCCCUGCUCUCCCAUACCCAAGAACAGACCGCGUCCAGCGGGCGGAUCGUGCAGGAGAUCGACUCGCAGGUCGCGAGUUUGAACGAUGGCUACAAACGACUCGAGAAGGAGGUCCUGGUGCGCUACGAGACAGCCGAAGAAGUGCGCGCCGUCGCAGCGAGGUUGUGGGAGACGGUCCGGCUAGGGAGAUCGGUUGGGCGGUGUCUGCAACUGGGACGCCAGCUGGAGAUCCAGCUGGCUGAGGUGGUAGGCACAGGAAAUCCGGUGAAGGUGCCGGGGCAGAAGGAGGACCACAGAGCUCUGGUACGGUGUUCGAACACGCUGCUCAGCUUGCGGGAUCUGUUCUCAAAGAAGGCGGAAGGGGAAGAGGGCUAUGGGCUGGAGAAGGUCGAUGUUGUGCGGACGUUGCGAAACAACACCAUCAACGAUGCCGAACGGUCGAUCCUCACCAAGUCCCAACAAAUAGUGCGGGAGUUCUCGAUGAGCACUCUAUCAUCCGGAUCCAAUACGGCCACUUUCGCGCAGACUACGGACACGAAAGCCAGGACCACGUCGGCCCUGCUAUCUCUAUAUCUACUCUCGCCGGUUCCCGAUACGAAAAAGACGGACAGGUGGGAGCCGCAACUUCUGAUCAAUACGCUGCAGGAAUACCUCCGCACGGCGCUCACAUCUUCUCUGGCCUCACUUGCGAGAGCUCUCGCCACCCUACCCAAUCUCGAUCGAACCCUCCUCGAGGUCUCCGCCCGCUGCCAGAACAUCCUCGCACUGGAAUCGCUGCUCUCAACCACUAGCCCGCCAUCACAUCCAACUCUCCCCGCGUCUCUGGCGCCCAUAAAUUUUCUACAGCCCCUCUUGUCGAGUCUGGAAACGGGCAGUCUGGCAAGCUACUUCUGGCGGACGCUGGCGGGAGGACUGACGACCAAGACGAUGGAGAUUGUGAACAAAGGUGGUGUAAGUGCACGGACGUUGAGGAGCAAUAAGAACAGUGUACGGGAUGCUAUUCGGGGCUGUGUUGUGAGGGGUAGUACGCCGCCAGCGGGUAUCAGUGCGAAGACGAAGGGGGGGGAUGUCGAGCGGGCUUGGGAGAGGGAGAUUGCUGUGAUGGUGGGGAGUGUGGUUGGAGCGUUAGGGAGGUGA